AUGACGGCAUUUGAAGAACUUGGUGUUUUACCUGAAUUAGGGCAAGCAGUGGACGAAAUGGGUUGGACGCUACCAUCUGAUAUUCAAGCGGAGGGCAUUCCAGCGAUUUUAGGCGGUGGGGAUGUCUUAAUGGCUGCGGAGACUGGCAGUGGCAAAACUGGAGCGUUUUGUUUGCCUGUUUUACAAAUUGUUUGGGAAACGUUAAGGGACCAGAUGACCGGAAAGAAUAGUGGGAAAAAGCAUAGUUCGGCUUGGGUUUUGAAUCCUUAUGAUAGAGACGACAGCUUAGCAAUUGAUCCUGACGGUUUACUGUGUCAAAGUCGUGAACCACAAAAAUGGCAGGGUGCAAGGUGCAACCAUGGUGUAUUCGGAAAAGGAAAAUAUUAUUACGAAGGAACAGUGACUGAUGAUGGGCUAUGCAGGUUGGGAUGGUCAACCGAGGGGGCAUCUCUCGAUUUAGGAACCGAUAAAUACGGUUUUGGUUAUGGCGGGACGGGGAAAAAAAGCAACUGCAAAAAGUUUGAUAAUUAUGGAACGUCAUUUACCUUGGGCGAUACAAUCGGAUGUAUGUUGGACUUGGAUUCGGGUCAUAUUGGUUUCUCGAAGAAUGGACAGAAUUUAGGAAAAGCGUUUGACAUUCCUGCACAGUUGAAAAACUCAGCGUUUUAUCCUGCAAUUUUAAAUGAGUUUCGCAAUUUUUUAAUUCAAAAAUCGAUUUUUCAGGGUUAUGUAGGUGUUAGUAGUGCAGAUGAAGGUAAUGUGGUUAAACCAGAGCCUAAUGCUCCAGCUUGUAUCAUAAUAGAGCCCACAAAGGAGCUGGCUGAACAAACUAAUCAACAGAUUGAAAUUUUUAAAAAAAAUUUAAAAAACCCUGCAGUCAGCAUUCCAGUUUCUGAACAGAUCAGAAAUAUUUCUGCUGGUGUUGAUAUUAUAACAUGCACUCCAGGAAGACUGCUGGAUUUUGUUCAGACAGAAAAAAUAUUGGUCUCAAACUGUAGAUUCUUUAUAUUGGAUGAAGCGGACUCUUUAGUCUCUGCAAAGAAUCAUUUAUCUACCAUAGAACGACUGUAUUCUUUACUUCCCAAAAUUACUCCUGAUGGGACACGAUUGCAGAUGAUAGUUUGUUCGGCUACACUACAUAAUUUUGAUGUCAAGAAACUUGCAGUAUAUGAUGCACUUUCCGCAAUGGGACUCAGUUCCAGACACAGUGCACCAUGUGAUGUGGAUAAGGUCAAGGCAGCAGAGGAGGGUUCAAGUGAGUGCCGAACAAGCGACAUUGAAUGUUGCAGGCAUUUUUUUAAGACAGAUGGCAUACAUUUCAAUGACGAUAUUCGACCCGGUAGUGAAACGCCAGAAACGUUAUCGGAAGGAACGAAAAUUCUCAAAGCUGAAUAUCUGUUGAAGGCCAUCAGGCAGCAUAACAUGGACCAGGGUAUUAUCUUUUGUCGGACCAAACUCGACUGUGAUAACAUAGAAAGGUUCCUGAACAGCUAUGCGUCAGGGAAAGCAAAAUUUCUAAUCUGUACUGAUGUUGCUGCACGAGGUAUCGAUGUGCGGGGAGUGCCUUUUGUUAUUAACGUCACGCUUCCUGAUGAAAAAGCUAACUAUUUGCAUCGUAUUGGUAGGGUCGGACGUGCUGAAAGGAUGGGAUUAGCAAUUUCUCUCGUAUCUGCGCACCCCGAAAAGGUAUGGUAUCACACAUGCCCAUCGCGUGGACUAAGAUGUAACAACACAAACUUGACUUCGCAGCGGGGAUGCGCUAUUUGGUACGAUGAGAUGAAAUUACUGGAAGACAUUGAAGAGCACCUAGGUGUUACGAUAGCGCAGAUCGAUAAUGACAUGAUCGUUCCAGUGGAUGAAUUUGAUGGCAAAGUGGUUUACGGUGCCAAAAGCGGUUAUGCUGGUCAUGCAGUUCAAUUGUCGGGAGCUGUUGCUUUGCUGGCCGAUCUGGAACGUUCUCUGCAGCUUUCUUAUUUACGGAUGUUUAACGACCCGAAGACUGAAAAUGUUAAAUAA